AUCAGUGAGCCGCAGGAAAAUGACUUACCCACAGAAACUAGAAGAGCAGCGGUCUGCAUGUGGGUUAAUAACAUGUAGACAGCAUGCAUUAGAAGAAUUUGGUUUGUUCAGAGACCUGUCAAUUUCCUGUGUGAUAAACAUCUCAGCUCCAGGCUGUGGUGUUUGCAGUAUCAGUUAACAUGAUAUUUCAGUUUGAGAAGGUUUCAGUUGCAGAAACCAGAAAGAGCAAAAGCUGAAGAUGCCAACCUACAACUUCAUCAUCUUCAUGGUUCAUUUUGGCCCUAUCCUCCUGCUGAGCCAAGGUAAGAGUCUGUAUUACAUCAACCCUAAAGUUUACUGAUGUUCUUCUUUAAUUACUUGAAUUUUUUGAUUUACCUUUUAUAAAACUAGAAAUACGUAAAAAAAUAAAUAAAUAACAUGUCAAAAGCGAUUAAGAGCUAGUUGGGUUGCAUGUUAGUUUUCUUGAUUUACUUGAGAUAUUACCACAUUUUUGUUGCAAAAGUGCUCAUUUCUGUUACAUGGCAGCAACAACCAGAUAAAUAUAUAUACACACAAAUAUUAAUAUAAAUACACAUAAAUACAACGCAUACCACAUAAGCCAUUUUAACAUCUGCAGCCUUAAAAAAAAUGGAGAGCGUUGAUUAAAUACCCUCUUUUCUCUCAGAUUUACCAAAGCAUCCCAUUUUCAGAUUGAUGAUAUAAUCUGGUUUCAUACUCUGGUGGUGGAAAGAGGAAAAAAAAGAGAACUUAACUUCUUGAAAGCUAACAAGGAGUUACUUGAUUUCUUUCCGUCAGGUUACGAGGUGAUUCAGCCAAAAACUCGGACCGUAAACCCUGAUGGCUCAGUGUUCAUCAGCUGUGGACACAACGCCGGCAUCAACCGUGUCUUAGAUAUUCGACUCAACAGCAUAUCACCGUACGUACUGUAUAUCCUGCUGUUAGUUUGUGCAAACCCUGGUGUUAUCUGUGAAUCUGUGAAUCACACACACAAACAAAGCAGGUUGUUACUUCUGCACUUUGAAGUGCAUGCUGCCACAUCUUACUCCUGGUUUGAACUUUUUUGUUUCUCUUUUCUUAAUGUUAUCAGUGUUUGUGUUUCAGGGACUGAACUUUCACUCUCAUGCUAGGUUUUUACAUAUUUGAAGAUGUGGUUCAAUAUUGUAGUAAAAGCAAACCAAAAUCCAAAAUAGAUGUACUGCUAGUUCACAAAACACUUAAACCCAACAUUUCACUGAAAAAAGUGAAAAAGUAAAUGUUGACAGUGAAAAAUGCUGAUAAAAGGAUAUAUGCUAAUUUCUAAUUUUCAAAUAAUGAGUAUAUAGUCUGUGUUUCAUGUUUUUAACAAAAGCAAGAAUCAGGGUGAUGAAUUACUUGUCAAUGUUUUAAAUGUUACUGUCAAUGUUUGCCCAUAUCAAAAGUAGCUUGGACACUUUCUGAUCCAUCUCUGUCUACUUCCAGAAAAGGUGAAACCAAAAUGCUCUGCCAGAAAAAUCAAACAGACUGUAAGGACAUUGUCAUGUACUUUAAAAAUGCCAGCGAGUGGCUUUUCAUCCUGUUUAACAUCCGUCCAGAAGCAUUCAACCUGACAUAUGGUUGUGAGUUCACACUGAAAAUUAAUGACCAGCAUCGUACCAAAAAAGGGACACCAACCACACUAAUUCAAGGUAGGACUGACUGUAACAAACUGACUGAUAAAAUGAUUAUAUCUAUUUACUUUCAUAUUGUUUAAACUUUUGUUUCCAAGUUUGACUUGUGUAUUGCAUUUUAUACCUACACCCUCUUGGUUAAAUUUGUUUUCUCACAGUUAACCUCACCCAAAAAACCCACAAAACUGUGUCAGCUUGUGUGAAACCAGUAUGUCUAAACAGGAAAUGGCCUCACUUUCUUUCUUUUAGCUCAAAAGCAAGCUGAAUGCAAACCUCCUCCUCCUCAACCUCUUCUAGCCAUCAACAAACCUCCUCCUCCUCCUCCUCCUCAGCCUCAUCAGGACAACUGCAAACAUCAAUCUCAUAAGCAUGACUGGACUCCGCUGGAGUUUAUUCUGAUUGGUCUGCUGGCUCUGACACUCCUGUACAGCUGUGUCCUCACUUCUUGCUUCAUCAGAAAGAGAAUGAAUGUAAGAAAUAUUGUCUGACAAAAUAUCUCUGUUUGUUUUGUAUAUGAUCUGUGAAACAUCCUCUCAUUACAGUAAACAUCAGAAAAUAUAUCUCAUACCUGAGACACGCAGGUUAAUAGUUGGUCUGUUUCUCGCUGCAAUCAGUGGAAACAGGAAGUUUAUUUCUAAUGAACCAUAAAGGUUAGAUGAAAAAAAAACCUCACCUAUAUUUCAGAUAGCUUUUAUUUUCCAAUUGCGACUGCAUUUUUACAUUUUUAUGCAGCUUGUCUAUUCUUGUAGUAAUAUGCCAAAGCAAUUACCUCUAUGCAAGAGCUUGUUUUACCUAACCAGAUUGCAUAUCAGAAUCAGUCAAAAAUAAUAAAAAAAAACAACACAAUAUAGAAGACACUAUACAUGUGCACAAGAUCACUGAAAGUGUUCAGUCCAGAGCUAAUACCAAAACUACCAAAAUAACUGCUAGGCAUUGUGAAUAGUGCAAAGUUCAGAUGUGCAAAAAAGCAAUAGCAGGGCAAAGAAGUACAUGGGCAACCUAAGGCAUAACCGCCAUUCAGUAAAUAAAUCCCACAGGAGAUAAAUGAGACCUCUUAGUCCUCCUCAUAGGAGCCCUAAAACAACAGCCUGAGGGCAAAAGCCUAAAUUCGUAAUCUGUUAAAUGUUUCAUUUUUGUUGUUUCAGGUCAACACAAAUGAACCAGAGAACACCACUUAUGUAGAAAUGAGGACAGCACCUUUGUCUGGACAGCCACAGAUGGACAUGCCGUAUGAGUUGCUCCCUCCACGGAAAUCUCAUGAAUAACCAACUUUUUUUUUUAAUGAAGCUGGUAAAAUAGUCUUAACCUUGCUGCUUUUUGCUUCUUCACCUCAUCUGUUUGAAUUUUCUGAGUUUGUGCUACAGAAGAUAAACAGCAGAGGGAGACAAAGAUUGUUUGAAUGCCUUCCGCCGUGGCAACUGCUUUCACAGUUGUGUGCAUAUUAUUUGCCACUGUACAGGAUAAGUACAAAAAUGUGUAAACAUGCACACUCAGUUGACAAUCUUCCAUGUAGGCUCCAUCCUGCAUUGCUAUGUUUCUACAGCAGCACAGAACAAACAAACUAGUAACAAACAUGAUUUUGUGGUCUGUGAGCAUCUGUAUGAAAUGCACCAGCUGGAAGAUGAAGACGAGAUUUACAAAUACAUAUGCAUUAAUAUUUUUUAUAUAAUAAUAUUUUGAUAUAUAUGGUAAAAACGUUAAAAAAUGGAGGAUCAUAGUUGUGACGCACAAGGGAUUCUUGUUCUCAAAGGCCACUGCCACUUAAGCAACAGGAAGGGUGAGCAAGGGAGCAUUUCGAGCUAGGAUAUGACCAUUAGUUAUUGCUCUAUAUAUUUCAAUUUCUACAUAGUAUUUUUUUAAUUCCAGAUAGAUCUGAGACCUCUAAUCAUGUUAUUUAAUUCAAUCUUCAAAUUUGUUUACCAUAGACUGACUUUUCUAAGCUGUGAUCCAUUACGAAACCCAAACCUUCUUAUCAUCUGAACUAUAACUGUUUUAUUUACUGUAUUUUAUUUUCUUACAUGUAUUGUAAAUGCCUCAUCUGUAGUAGCACUUUGGCUCUGUCGUUGUACAUUUCAUUAAAUAAAUAUAAGCUGAGAGUGAUGAUGAUUUCUUCAAAGGGUUACUUGUAUUUAUGUCUGUUUGUAUUUAUAUAUGACUGUAUCUUCUUAUUUUAGACAAACAGGAAAUGUCUUCUUCCAAAGUCUUCUCCAAAGGACUUUAAGUCAGUCAAUGUGUUGCUCCACCUUUGUCUUUCCUUUCCUCAAAACAUUAACUGUGCUUUAUUUUCAAGUUUUUAAUAACAUCAUGUUAAUAUUGUUACGAUAUCUCAUGGUCAUGAAAAAAUCGCUGGGUGGAAAUCUGACUCUGUGGCAGCACUAAGUUUAAAUGCAGUCAGUAACAGAGAGCUCCCUUUACUUUGCAAGUACGCAACAAAAGGGAUGUCAAAGGAACACAAAAGCACCUCUGAUCCGUGUCUGAAAGUGUCUGAAAGCAUCUGAAACAUCUUAGAGAGGGUGUGGAGGCGAUAGAUAAUACCUGAGCACGGUGACACUUUUUCAAGUGAAAACAAUAUUUAAAAUACGUAAAUAUGACAGGUAAAUCAAGUGUCAGUGGGCUUUUGCUAUUUGUUAAUUCAAAAUUAUUUAAUUCGACUCAUGCCGGUAAGAGUCCUUAACUGUGGAUUUGAGGUAAUGGUUAAGUUUGUCCAACACUUUCCACUUUGGAGCAGUUUGCACUGACUGUGAAUGAGUCAAACCGAUUUUUUCUGUUUCAAUUUAUUCAAUAUCAAAGUAAGAUAUACAAUUUCAACAAACUGAACUGCACAGAAUCACUUAAUAAAACUGCUUACUACCAAAAUACUACUAAAAUACUGUGUCUUGACCUCAUGAGUCCACAAAUGAACCACAAAACCUGAACCCCA